CUGAGUACACUCUCUGCAGCUGGCGUCAGUGAGGGAGGAGGAAAGUAGAGAGGCACACAGUGUCCGUGUUGGAGAAGGAGGGGGAGGAGUAGAAAGAAAUCAAGAGGCAGAAGAGCUCGGGCUCAUUAGCACCACGUAGAGCUGCAAUCGGCGCCAGAAGAAUGUAGAGAGAGGAGAAUGCUGCUGCUGGAGCAGCUUGAUCUAUGGGUAAGACUGCAGGCGACCUCAGGGAGCUAAACAAUUCAUUCCACUGCAAGGACAAAGAGUAGCAAUGAAAUGUCCUCUGUAUGCUGAGUAAGCAGAAGCUCGGCUUCAACCCAUCAUCAGCUUUUUCACAGAGGAGAUAUAUGUCUUUUGAUCCAGCAGAUGGGAUUAAUCUGCUCCUCUUUUUUUUCUGCAGGUGAUGGGGAUAUGACAUGGAUAUGAUUACUCUAGACUGCAGAUACAGUAUGUUUAGCCGGGUAUCGCUUGUCCGUGUGUGUGUGUGUGUGUGUGUGUGUGUUGCAGCGCAAGCUGAGUGGGGGAUGUUCUAAAGAAACCAGAGUGUGUUUUCCACAGCUGACAGUGUGGUAAAGUGUACCUCGUGGAAGAUGUAUGCCUUCUACUCUCUGCUGGUCUACAUCUUCUACACUGUUUUUAAGAAGGAAGAGGACACUGCACUUGAUGGGGCAUGUGGAGAGACCACAGAGGAGCCUGGACAUGUUUCCAUGGAAACAGGGAGCAGGAGGAAAGGUAGCCACACCCCCAAGUUGAGAAAAAGGCAGUCUGACAGAAUCAGUGAUUCAAGCAGCAGCAGCAGUGACAGCGAUGAACUGUCUCUCAGUGAUGAAGAUGCCGACGUUGAUGACAGUUAUACCGUCCCGGCCAAGACACCUUUGGCAGCCUUCCUCUCCUUCAAACAGGAAACGGAAAAGAAGAGAGUUUCCAGCGUCCACACCGAGACAGGGGAAAAGGUGUUCGAGUCUCCUUUGGUGGCUGUGAUGUCUCAUCUACUGAGCUUCCUGGAGCAGUACUCCCAUCUGCAACAGCUGCAGCAGCAGGCUGAGCAGUACCGCAUGCAGCUGUGCAGACAUCGUGUGCAGCACCGGCGAAAGAUGAAAGCCCUGCGCAGCUCCUACAGGCAGCGCCUCCGUGACAAGAGGAGCGUCAUUCACAGCCUGGAGGAGGCCAUUGCUCAGCAGCAGACCCCUUCACCUGAUAACGACACAGGAUCUCCGGGCCUGCAUAAGCUGGUGCAGUCUCUGUGUGGCCUGCAAGGAGAGAGGAGUCUGCUGAGAGGCGAGCUGCGUCUCCUCCACUCACAACUUGAGCAGAGAGAGCAGGACCGCCACUCCAAAGUACAAGCCUUCCAACAGCAGAUUGAUGAGCUGAAGAGCUGCAUUGAGGAGCGAGAAGAAGAGAUAUCCAAACUCCGCAUUGCAUCUGGAGCAACAGACUCAGAAAAGCGUGUGCUGUGCUUGUCAGCUGAGAAUGAGAGUCUGAAACAGAGCCUGUCAGUGACUCAGGGUCUCCUGCAGCAGCUGUCCAUCAUCCCGUCUCAGUCCAGCUCAUUGCUCAUUAAGGAGAAUGAGAACCUGCGCAGCCGCGUUCUGCAGCUGGAAAGCACUCUGCAGCAGCGGGUUGAGCAGCUUUCACACCUGGAGCGCCAGAGCGAGCAGGACAAGUGGUGCAGGGGAGAGGAGCUCCGGAGACGAGAUGAGAGAGUGAAAGAGCUUCAGCUCGAGCUGGACAAGGAACGCAGCAAGGAGCCUAUAGUGAAAUAUGUCACUCAGACGGUGGAAGUGGAGUCGCCUUCAACAGUGAGGCAACUCACUGAGACCAGACAGAAAAACGAACAGCUAAAACACAGGUUGUCCAGUCAAAAAGAACGAUGCAAACAGCUGGAGGAGAAAAUCAGGCUCUCUGAUGAAGUUAGCUGCAAUCUUCAGCAUAAGAUUGCUGCAUAUGAGAGAGAGAUUGGGACUCUACAGGCAGAGCUGAUGAAGGAGAUCGAGCAUCUGGAGGAAAAAAAAGAUGAGGCUGUGAAAGCUGCUGCAAACUGUUCACAGGAGCAGUUUCAGAGCCUGCAGGAUCAAUUCAUGACUCUACAGCAGCGGCUGAAUGCUCUCCCUCCCACCCUGCGCUCUAUGAAGACAGACUAUGCCAGCCUGCGCAGUCAGGUCCGCAAUUUUGCUGACUUUUAUGGAUCGGCCAUCAAGGAGGCGAAACAUCAGAUUUCAGCAGCAGUAAAUGAAAUGUCCGAGGCCAAUAAGGACCUUCUGGAGAAAUACAGGAAAGAGGUUGCCCUUCGCAGGAAAUACCACGAGCAGUUGGUAGAGCUGAAAGGCAACAUCCGUGUCCUGUGCCGUGUGAAACCAGUCCUAAAAGAGGACCAGCAUGACGAAUGCCAGGCCGUCGCUGUGACCACGGACCCACACAAUGAAUCUGCUCUCACUGUCCUGAGUAAGGGCAAAGCAAAGACCUUUGAAUUGGACAAAGUCUUUCACCCUCAGGCUACUCAAGAGGAGGUGUUCCAAGAAAUCGAGCCCCUGAUCACCUCCUGCAUAGAUGGCUAUCAUGUCUGCAUCUUUGCUUACGGCCAGACAGGCUCAGGGAAGACCUACACCAUGGAGGGUCCUGUGGAGAACCCAGGCAUCAACCAGCGAGCUCUGAAGCACCUUUUCAAUGAGAUCGAGGAAAGGAAAGACAUGUGGACCUACACGGUCAAUGUCAGUUCAGUGGAGAUCUACAAUGAGGUUCUCAGAGACCUGCUGAGUAAAGAUGGAGAGAAGCUGGACAUCAAAAUCAAUCCCGAUGGCACAGGUCAGCUACAUGUGCCUGGUCUCAGGAUCAAAGAAGUCAAAAACUUUCAGCAUAUCAAAAAAAUUCUGGCAACAGCGCGGAGACACAGGAUAACAUUUGGAACACAAAUGAACCAGCACAGCUCUCGUUCACAUGCUCUGCUCACCAUCACAGUGCAGGGAACAGACCUCGCCACUGGCACCAAAACCACUGGUAAGCUGAAUCUGGUGGACCUGGCUGGUUCGGAGCGUGUGUCCAAGUCAGGUGCGGAGGGUGAGCGGCUGAAGGAGGCCCAGAACAUCAAUCGCUCAUUGCUGGCACUGGGAGACGUGAUCCAGGCCCUGAGGGGCCGCCACACUUACAUCCCCUUCAGGAACUCACGCCUCACAUAUCUGCUGCAGGACUCACUGGGCAAGGGCAACAAAACAGCCAUGGUGGUGCAGAUUUCCUCACUGGAGAGGAAUGUUGAAGAGACCCUGUGUUCGCUGAAGUUCGCGCAGCGUGUGUGUAAAGUGGAGCUGGGCCCUGCUGCACGCAAGAUUGAAAGUGGAGGCCAUUGUGAAAACUACUCCUAAAGCUAACUGCACCUGCACACUUCUGCAACUAGAAAUCCAGGAUGGUUUUUAUUUUUGCUUUGUCUGAGAUUUCUAAUGAGACUUCCAUUUUAUUUUAAGGGCUAUGGUUCGGGAAGCCACACAAGUAGCAUCUAUUUCUUACUGCUCAGUAUUCUCAAGAGCCAUGGUUAAUACCUGAUAGCAUGAACAGCAGUGGCUCCUUUCUUCAGGCUGUGCAGCAUGUCCGAGUGCAAUAUGCAGAAUGCACUUUUACCAGAUACUAGAAAACCACACCGUCCUGCUUGAUAAAGGACAUUUUAUUGAUCGGACACUCUUGGGUGCAUCAAAAAAAUAAAAAUAAAAGGUCAUUACAGUUUAUCCACUAUAACGACUGUACUGUCACUUUCUAGGUUUCCGCCAUCACUUCCUCACUCGUCU